AUGGUUUACACCGGCAAGCCCUCGGGCGGAUGCAAGUUGUGCAGGAUAAGGAAGGUCAAGUGCGAUGAAGGGAAGCCGUUCUGCCUGCGAUGCACCAAAUCGAAGCGACACUGUCCCGGCUACGGAGCCGUUGUGCGUGACCAAGGGAAACUCUCCCCCGAGAAGCUUAAGAAGAUGAGGGCGGGCAGUUCAGACAGCACGAAUGCCGUAGACCCGUCCAUACCGCUCAAAACCAGCCCAGAAGGUGAUUGUUGCCUGGAUACGUCGGCAAUUACUCCCAGACGGGGGUCAUCACCAUCUUUCAGGCUCGGCGAUAAGGAAGGCGACCUCGUGAGCGUGUUGGAACGGGUCCCGGGAGGCCUUAUGGACUCACUCGACGAGCAAGCUUCGUGCUUGUUUCUGUCCGAAUACGUCAAUGUGCCCUUGACAGCCACUGCAAGAGGACACUACUCUUUUCUACCAAGGUUUCUAGGCAGCGGCACAGUUUCGGUAUGCCUCUCGCAGGCUUUCAAGGCUACAUCAAUGGUCACCUUGGCCAUGAGACAAUCCAAAGGGUCCAGAGGCCCUGCAUUGAUUCGAGCCCAAGAGCACCAUCUAAAAGCGCUGAGGGCAGUGGGUCAAGCUCUCGCGGACCCGAAAGAGAUGAAGAGUGACCAAACCUUGGGCGCUGUACUGAUGCUGGCUCUAUACGAGACUUUGAUGUCCAAGGACUCAGUGAAGGAGUACAUAAGCCAUGUGAAGGGCGCGGCCAAGAUUGUGCUGAUGCGAGGUGAUCAAAUCUUCGAGACGACCGAAGGAAAAGAGUUGUUCUCCAUGACGCGCAAUCAAUGCCUGACACUUCAGAACCUUUUCAAAGACCCCGAGAUUUCCAGCUACACGUGGCUCCUCUACAAUGAUGCAGUCAAUCAGAACAAUCGGGCCACGCUCGAUAUUAGUCUUCUCAGCAGCAAGCUUCAGCAAGCCGUUGAUAUCAUCCUUGCCAAGGCCAGCAGCCCAAGUCCCCAAGCCGUCGAGAAGAUGGUGGAGCUGCUCGAAAAGGCCCGUAGGCUGGAAAGCGAAUUCAGCAAGCUCCACAACGCAAACCCCGCGUUCAAAGUCGAGACUGCGGAAUGGGUGUUUGACAGGAGCGACGAGGAGCUCGACACUGAGCCUACAUUCGAUGGGCCGGUGUACAAGUUCUUCAACCUACCAAUGGCUGUGCUGCAUCUGGUCACGUGGAGCUCUCAUUUGAAUCUCAUCACGACGCUCAUGCGCGCUGUUGCGUGGCUCGAAGCAGCCGGGCACGAAGGCCUGGACGACGAUGAGUACGAUGAGCUAGUACGAGUGGCGAGCGUCCGCAUCCAAGACAUAGUCUCGGCAGUUCCUUAUUUCUGCAGUUGGAACGGCUACGGCGUUGUGGUGUCCCAGUUCCCCUGCGGCACCACGAAGCCCGACGAUCCGUUAAAGGGAGAGGCUGGCCUGAUUGUCAUGUGGCCGCUCGCGAUGGCCAUGAAGAGCGAGUACGCUACCCCGCGGCAAAGACGGUACCUAAGGGGCCGUCUCCGGUACAUCGCCGACGUAUCUGGUAUAAAUCUGGCGCGCUACUUCAUCAACGAGUUGUAA